AACUGUGGGAGCUGAGUCACUGCAGGGAGUGAACGAGAGAGGGAGGAGCAGAGAUCUGGUUCUGUUCAGAGGAAGUGAAUCUGUUCUUCAGUCUCUGGCAGCAGCUGAAAUGGCGCAGCAAGAAGUUCACCUGGACAGAGAAAGAUUUUGCUGUUCGAUCUGUCUGGAUCUACUGAAGGAUCCGUUGACUACUGUCUGUGGACACAGCUACUGUAAGAGCUGUAUUAACACCCACUGGGACAAUGGGGAAGAGAGAGGAAGCUACAGCUGUCCUCAGUGUAGACAGACCUUCACACCGAGGCCUGUCCUGGGGAGAAACACCAUGUUAGCUGAUUUAGUGGAGGAGCUGAAGAAGACUGGACUCCAAGCUGCUCCUGCUGAUCACUGCUAUGCUGGACCUGAAGAUGUGGCCUGUGAUGUCUGCACUGGGAGAAAACUGAAAGCUCUCAAGUCCUGUUUGAAUUGUUUGGCCUCUUAUUGUGAAAAACACCUCCAGCCUCAUCUUCAGUCAGCUGCAUUUAAGAAGCAUAAGCUGGUGGAGCCCUCGGAGAAGCUCCAGGAGAACAUCUGCUCUCGUCACGACGAGGUGAUGAAGAUGCUCUGCUGCACUGAUCAGCAGUGUAUCUGUUAUCUCUGCUCUGUGGAUGAACAUAAAGACCACGACACAGUGUCAGCUGCAGCAGAAAGGACUGAGAGGCAGAGAGAGCUCGGGCUGAGGAGACAAACAAUCCAGCAGAGAGUCCAGGACACAGAGAAAGACCUGAAGCUGCUUCAACAGGAGGAGGAGGCCCUCAAUGGCUCUGCUGAUAAAGCAGUGGAGGACAGUGAGGAGAUCUUCACUGAGAUGAUCCGUCAGCUGGAGAAAAGAAGCUCUGAUGUGAAGCAGCAGAUCAGAUCCCAGCAGGAAACUGAAGUGAGUCGAGUCAGAGAGCUUCAGGAGAGACUGGAGCAGGAGAUCACUGAGCUGAAGAGGAAAGACCAGGAACUGAAGCAGCUCUCAGACACAGAGGAUCACAACCAGUUUCUACACAACUACCCCUCACUGUCACCACUCAGUGGAUCUACACACUCAUCUAGCUUCAGGAUCCGUACUCUGAGGUACUUUGAGGACGUGACAGCAGCUGUGUCCCAGGUCAGAGGUCGACUACAGGACAUUCUGAGUGAGACAGAGACAGAGAUUUUACAGAUUGUGUCUCAAGUGGAUGUUUUACUGCCACAACUAGAGCCAGAGACCAGAGCUGACUUCUUAAGAUAUUCACAGGAAAUCACACUGGAUCCAAACACAGCAAACAAAUAUCUGUUAUUAUCUGAGGGAAACAGAAAAGUAACACGUAUGAGGAAAGAUCAGUCUUAUUCUGAUCACCCAGACAGAUUCACUGAUUGGCCUCAGGUCCUGAGUAGAGAGAGUCUGACUGGACGCUGUUACUUGGAGGUGAAGGUGAGAGGAGAAGUUGGUGUAGCAGUCACAUACAAGAAUAUCAGCAAAGUAGGAAAAUCACGUGAAAGUUUAUUUGGAUUCAAUGAUAAAUCUUGGUCAUUAAAUUGUAAUGUAAACAGUUAUAUCUUUUAUUACAACAACAUCAGGACUCCAGUGUCAGGUCCUGUGUCCUCCAGAGUAGGAGUGUUCCUGGAUCACAGUGCAGGUGUUCUGUCCUUCUACAGCGUAUCUGACACCAUGACUCUCCUCCACAGAGUCCAGACCACAUUCACUCAGCCUCUCUAUGCUGGAGUUUGUGUUUAUCAAGGAUCCACAGCUGAGUUCUGUAAACUCCCAGUGAACAACAAGCUGGGAACUGUGGGAGCUGAGUCACUGCAGGGAGUGAACGAGAGAGGGAGGAGCAGAGAUCUAUUUCUGUUCAGAGGAAGUGAACCUGUUCUUCAGUCUCUGGCAGCAGCUGAAAUGGCGCAGCAGGAAAUUCAAGUGGACAGAGAAAGAUUCUGCUGUUCAAUCUGUCUGGAUCUACUGAAGGAUCCGGUGACUACUGGUUGUGGACACAGCUACUGUAAGAGCUGUAUUAACACCCACUGGGACAAAGGGGAGGAGAGAGGAAGCUACAGCUGUCCUCAGUGUAGACAGACCUUCACACCGAGGCCUGUCCUGGAGAAAAACACCAUGUUAGCUGAUUUAGUGGAGGAUCUGAAGAAGACUGGACUCCAAGCUUCUCCUGCUGAUCACUGCUAUACUGGACCUGAAGAUGUGGCCUGUGAUUUCUGCACUGGGAGAAAACUGAAAGCUCUCAAGUCCUGUUUGAAUUGUUUGGCCUCUUAUUGUGAAAAACACCUCCAGCCUCAUCUUCAGGCAGCUCCAUUGAAGAAGCACAAGCUGGUGGACCCCUCGGAGAAGCUCCAGGAGAACAUCUGCUCUCGUCACGACGAGGUGAUGAAGAUGUUCUGCCGCACUGAUCAGCAGUGUAUCUGUUAUCUCUGCUCUGUGGAGGAACAUAAAGACCACGACACAGUGUCAGCUGCAGCAGAAAGGACUGAGAGGCAGAGAGAGCUCGGGCUGAGGAGACAAACAAUCCAGCAGAGAGUCCAGGACACAGAGAAAGACCUGAAGCUGCUUCAACAGGAGGAGGAGGCCCUCAAUGGCUCUGCUGAUAAAGCAGUGGAGGACAGUGAGGAGAUCUUCACUGAGAUGAUCCGUCUGCUGGAGAAAAGAAGCUCUGAUGUGAAGCAGCAGAUCAGAUCCCAGCAGGAAACUGAAGUGAGUCGAGUCAGAGAGCUUCAGGAGAGACUGGAGCAGGAGAUCACUGAGCUGAAGAGGAAAGACCAGGAACUGAAGCAGCUCUCAGACACAGAGGAUCACAACCAGUUUCUACACAACUACCCCUCACUGUCACCACUCAGUGGAUCUACACACUCAUCCAGCUUCAGGAUCCGUCCUCUGAGGGACUUUGAGGACGUGACAGCAGCUGUGUCCCAGGUCAGAGGUCGACUACAGGACAUUCUGAGUGAGACAGAGACAGAGAUUUUACAGAUUGUGUCUCAAGUGGAUGUUUUACUGCCACAACCAGAGCCAGAGACCAGAGCUGACUUCUUAAGAUAUUCACAGGAAAUCACACUGGAUCCAAACACAGCACACAAACGUCUGUUAUUAUCUGAGGGAAACAGAAAAGUAACAUGUAUGAGUAAAGAUCAGUCUUAUUCUGAUCACCCAGACAGAUUCACUGUUUGGCCUCAGGUCCUGAGUAGAGAGAGUCUGACUGGACGCUGUUACUUGGAGGUGAAGGUGAGAGGAGAAGUUGGUGUAGCAGUCACAUACAAGAAUAUCAGCAGAGCAGGACACUCACUUGAAUGUUUAUUUGGAUACAAUGAUAAAUCUUGGAUGAUAUAUUAUGGUGGAAACAGUUAUAACUUUUAUUACAACAGCAUCCAGACUCCAGUGUCAGGUCCUGUGUCCUCCAGAGUAGGAGUGUACCUGGAUAACAGUGCAGGUGUUCUGUCCUUCUACAGAGUCUCUGACACCAUGACUCUCCUCCACAGAGUCCAGACCACAUUCACUCAGCCUCUCUAUGCUGGGAUUGGGAUUGGUUCUGGAGCUGCAGCUGAGUUCUGUAAACUCAAAUAGACUCGAGUCAUUAAAAGCAGUGAUUUAGAUUGUGUGUGUAAAUCUUUAACUUCUUUUGUCUCCAUGUUUGUUGAUCAAAGUUUGUCGUGGUGACGUUUCUGCUCCGCACAGAGAUCAGCUGUCAAUCAAACACUGACCUUCCUUUAUCACAUGUAUUUAGUUCUGACUUUGUAAAGACACAAAUCUAUAAUUACACUGACAUGAAUGUGUUUGAAAGAACUGAUGUUGCUGUUGUUUUCUAAAUCAAUGUAGAAAUCAGGUUGUGUGAUGUUUUAGAAUCUGUGUUGAUCCUGAUGAGUGUUGCAAAGGGGCGGAACAUUUCUGGAAACUUUCUGGAAACUUUCCACGGGAAGUUAAGCUAAGGAAUCUUUAUACAGUAGGCUAACUUUUUACUGCCGUGAGAGUACGAUGUAUGUACAGUUGCAAUCAGAAAUAUUCAACCCCCCCCCCCCCAAAGAUUUUAAGGAUUUAUCAAUUAAAGUUUUUUCAAAGAUCAA